UAUCUCCAGCCGAAACUGCGCUCCUUGUGUUCUUACAUUCUUUUCCAAUAUUUCUACAUUAUUUGAAACUGUGAUAAAAAAUUAAAAACCCUACCUAGGUUCUUCAUUUGAAUUUUGUGAGAAUUUUACGUUCAUUAGCUCGGAAGACAAGAAACCCAUUCUAUCACAACUUCAACGGUUUUUGUAUUGGUUAGCUGAUAUUUCAAAUUUUUCUGAUUCUUAGUUAAAAUUUCAACUGACUUGUUUGUUUACUAUCUACUGCGUUAUGGUUAAUUGAAUUUCUAAAAUUUGUCUGAAGUAUUCUGUAAAUUUGCUGCUACAGCUUCAAACCCGUGCUUGCGCAACAUGUCGAUCAACUCAUGAACUUUCUUAUGAUGACCAAUGCAGCUUAAAUGAAGAGAUGGAUUCAAAUGACAGAAAACUUCAGGGCCAAGAGGAUGAUACCGCAUCAAAUUUCAUGGUUUCAGCGGCAGAAGGAGAUGCCAGUCAUUCUGCUUCAUUAUGCCCUCGACAACAUUCCUGUGAUUCAUACGACAGAGAUCUGGAAAAUGGCAGUAUUUUGGAUGCAUCUGCUGGUGAAAUAUGUUUCUCUCCAAACUCAGAAAAGCAAGGUGGUGACUACCAUAAUAAGUUUUCCAUUUUUGAAGAAGCUCUAGAAAAUCCCCACUUUGACAAAGCUGUAGCUGCAUCUAUGUUGAAAACUUUCCGCUCCUAUUUGGAUGCACACGAAACCAAAGAUAAACAACAGCGUGAAAAAAUAAGGAAACUGGAAAAACAACUUCGAUCAACAAGCGAGUUCAUUCAAAAACAAUGUGAUGGGGGUCUGUCAAGUGGAGAUGCCAAGAAAGAAGUUGACAGUCUCCGAUCAAACUUAGUUAGUAGAGACGCAGAGUUGUUACGAAUAGAAAAUGAACUGGAGAAACAAACACUAGAAUUUGAUAGGUACAAAUCAGAGACCUCUAAACAGAUUUUCAGUUUGAUACGUAAAAAUGAAACCUUACAUCAAGAACUUAAUGCAAGGAAAUAUUGCUUAAAACCUGAAUCAGUUACCUCUGAGAAAAACACUGAUCUCCUCGAACAGUUCCAUAAUAAUAGUAAUAGGUGUAGCCAAGAAAACGAGUUCCUAUCCACCCCAAGCAGUAACAAGUCAGUGUCAAACUCCGCAAAUUCAAAUAGCACCUGCGGAAACUGCUCCAUUCUAGAGAGCCAGCAAGAAGACUUACUGGCUGGGCGCCUAGCGUUUGAAGCCACUCUGAAAGCUGUGAAGGAAAUCCUAGAAAACAUUGCAUUCAAUCGCCAUCCAGCCGUCAACUCAAACGAUGAUGGAAAGUCAAAUAUCUGCACGGAGCUCAAAUCACCCAAAAAAAAAUCAGUUGAGUCACAAACUAUCUCAUAUAAUGAACUGUGCCAACAAUACCUCGAUCACAUAAAUACCCUGAAAGAAAAUAUCUGCAUGAGAGUUAAACAUCACGAGUCGACUAUUGCUGAGCUACAAGACGACAUGGAGAAGCAAUCUCGAACAGUCACUAGUUUGCAGAGCCAGAAAAGAGCAUUAAUCAAAGAAGUGGAGUCGUUGAAGCACAGACUGCAAGAAACGGAAGAAGGGGCAGCUAGGUUAAGCCAGAAGUGGCAAGAAGACUUGAAAAACGCGGAAAACACACACAAAUCUGCUUUGAAAGUACUCCAGUCCGAGGUGCAAGAACUCAGCUUAAACCUGGAGACAGAGCGCAAAAAUCAUAGCAACAGUAUUGCAAAAUUCGAAGCUACAGUAGAGCAGCAGGCAUCGAACCAAGAAAACAUGCUAGCAACAGUGUAUCAGAGUCGAUUACAAGAGAUCCAACUUUCUUACAACAAUGAUAUCAAAUCUUACAGUAACCGAAUUAGUGAACUAGAAGAACAGCUUCGGUCUGCUACUGCAGAACGGUAUGAUUUAAUCCAACAGCUUCAAAGUCGUCAAAGUGAGUUGCAGAACGCUCAGCUUGACAACGAUCAGUCAUGCAAGGAAAUCCAGGAACUGGUGAAAGUCAGUGAUAAUCUACGGUUGCAGCUUGAUAAUAUGAGAAGCUCCAAAGAAAUAAUGGAGAAAGAGCUCGAAGCUUUACGCUGCAAGGUAACCCUUGCCAACAAGAAAGUUGAUGAGGUGUCUCAGCAGGAUAAAAACUUGUGGAAAGUUUUUAUAGAACGGUCACAAGCUAUCAUGGCAAAAGAUCCUGAGACCUGGAUGGAAAAAAUACGAGACUUGAGUAUUGAGUCAACAAGUGAGUUUAAUAACCCCACUUGUGAUUCUCAUUUGACGAAUGCAGACUCUUUGAAAAACUUUCAUGAUGUAAUUAGUGAAGCCUCAAAUUCCAAAGACGACUCAGGAAUUCUCGGCAGUAAUGCCAGCACCACCAUUUUGAUCAGUAAAGUGCGCAAUGAGCUUGACGAAUCAAGUUUUCUCAACAAAAACAUUACAGAUGAGCUAAUUUUGUUAAGAGGUGAAAGAGUAGACUUGUUCAAUAGAAAUGACCAACUCACAACUGAAAAUAACACUCUAAAGUCAGCUCUAGAAGAUAAAGUAAAGAAAGAAAAUUUGUUGCGUGAAACAAACCGAUGUCUAGAAGAGCAAAUUGUCGAGUAUGAAAGGAGGCUUAGUCAUUUGAAAAAAUUGUGUGAAGAAAAACGAGAAUACCAGCCAGCAGAAGGAGAAUGUGGCAGUCAUGAACAUCUAAGAAAAUCGUUGAGCACUGAAGAAAGGCGUAAUCUAACUACUUUAGAGAGUAACACAUCACUCGAAUGGGGCAAUCAAGAAUACGAUCAUCUUUCCAAAGUAAAGUGUGAUUGUGGGGAAGUGAUAGAAUCUUUGAAACAAAAAAUAGUGGACCUUGAGCGAAAACUUGCUGAGAGUAUUUCUGCUGAGUCGGUGCACGAGUCUGUUGAACAACUCAUAGUUGAGAAAGAAUCUCUCCUUCAGAAAGAUUUUGAGCGACUUCAGCAAAACCGACUUCAGCUGGAGAAAGAAGAGACCCUGAGAGCAGAAAAUCAGGUGCUGAAGAGCUCUAUCCAAGAAGUAAAUCUCAGGAACCAAGAACUUGAAACUGAAAUAAAAUCCCUCUCUAAUGUCAUGGAUGUCAAGCUGUUAGAAACUGAAAAAUCCAAGCUGCAAGCUCUUGUCAAUCAGCUAAAAGAUGAGGAAAAUUCUCUAUCAGAAGAGGUUGAAUCUUUACGAUCAAAAAAAACUAAGCUCGUCGAAGAAAUGAACUAUUGCCAUGCCCAAAAAAGGAAAAUAGAGAAAGAUUCUGAAGCAAAUGUCCUGAGAACUAAAUCAGAUAGACAGUCAUUGCCUCUAAGCUCUAGCUUGGAGCAUGAGAACAUUGUGAGCGAUGGUAACAAGUUAUAUUCUGCUUUUGCAAAUUUUGAUCAAAACCCGAUUAUUGCAACCUCCACACCUUUUGUUGAAAAGCUCAAAAUUAGUAAGGAGAAUGCAGUAAAUAAAUGCAAUUUUAUUCUAGAAGAAGAAGAGGAUGUUGAUUUGUCAGGAAAGAAUUCUCGGGUCGAAGACCUUACUCAUCCGUUUAUAAUUUCUUUGGAGUGCAUGGGAGAUGUAAAAGCCCUCCGUGAGGAGAAUCGAAAAUUGCUUUUGGAUAAACAUAAUUUAAGUACAAAACUCCAAACUUUGCAAAGCACUCAUGAUGAUGUUCGGUUGAAGUUGGACCAGGUGACACAAACCUGUUUGGCUAUGGAGAAAAAAAUCGAAGAGUUAGAAUCUUCGAAACAAAUAGGAAAUACCGAGCAGAUAUCAUUCAACACUUCAGAUGAAAGAGCAAAAAUCAACGCUCGAAUUGACAAUCUUGAAAAUUUCUUAGCGAACUGUGGGGUUUGCGAAGAUAAUAUUGAGACUUACCAAGACCUUCUUGAGUUGAAAGAAAAGGUGAACAUGUUAAUAGAAUACAAAUGCAGAACAACGUUACGGUUGCAGUCUGUUGAAAGUAAAAUCGCUGGUUUAAAUGAUGAGAUAAAAGCUUUGUGGUCUGUAAACAAUGAGAUUCUCUCUAAGGGUCAAUUGAAUCUAGAGGAAAUUAAGUUAACAAUCGAGAAUAAUGUUAUGCAGAUUAUCAGCAACAUGCAAAAUCAGAACGGGUCUGGCGAUCAGGACAAGUGUUUUGAGCUCAUCGACUGUUUAGUGAGCGAGGUGAAGGACAUCAAGACUGAUUUGAUUGAGAAGAAGAGAAAUCUCCAUGAGGUGCUCUUGAAACAGAGCAAACUAAUCUCCGGAGUACUCCAGAAUGGCACCGUGGGUAGUGUCUCAAAAGCAGAUGGUGAUGGCAAGCUAUCGGAAGAUGAGAGGAAGAAAUUUUUGCAGAUCGUGGAGAAUCAGGAGCAGUUGAUACAUCAAUUUCAGGAGAAAAAAGCUUUAGAAGUGCAGCUAGAGGAAGAACAUUCGCAGAGAUUAACUCUACAGACUCAAUUGGAGCUACAACGUGAUGUAAUCUCCAAAAAGGACUCACAAUUUCAGGAUUUGGAGAAAAAAGUUGUGCGUUUGGAGGUAGAAAAAGAAGUUAAUCAGGUUGAACUGAAACGUUGUCAAGACCAAAUUAAGCAGCUAGAACUCCAGAUGCAAUUUUGUACUCGUUUCUUAAAAGCUAAAGAUGAUGUCAACGCUCUUGAAUCGAAAGUGAAAUCGGUUGAUGUAAAGCCCUUCCCAAAACCUCUGAAAUCCAGUCAAAUCCCAAUCCUUGUCCCUCCUCUACCAAGUCCAUCCUCUCAGCGGCUACCAAACUUGUACGAGAACAGAGCUAAGUCUCCUAGCAUCCUGCCUGUUCAGCGUCAGACAUCUUGUAGCUCUGACAGCCUCAAUAACACCAGAAAACUGUCACGAGAUGUUGUGAACCAGUUGUUCGUAAUUCGUAACUCUCUGCAAAAGAACUGCAACAACUUCCAACGGACUCUGUGCAAGACCCUCUCUCUGCCUGAAGAUUCUUUGGACAGCAUUGAUUUCAGUGAUAUUAUUCAAAAAAAGAAACAUCACGACGAAGAACUGGCCAGGUUCAAGUCAGUACUCAGCAGUGAAGGCUCAGAAAUCUAUGAAACGCUGAGGACAAAGUUCGAAAACUACUCACAACAGCAAAUAGCACUUGCUGUUGCAAAACUGAAAAAAGAGCAUGAGAUCAGAAUGGAGCGCGAAAUAGAGAACAUGACUUCCGUCCAUAAUAUUGAGACUCAGUUGCUGGAGUUUGAGUUCAAGUCUCGUAAGUGCGAAGAGCUGAGCCAGUGGUACGAAGAACUAUCCUCGAAGUUCAGCCAAACAACCAAUUUCCUUGAGAGUGAAAUACUUGAAAGUGUUGACAAUGAAACAAUCCUGCAGCACUUCCAAAGAAUUCUAUGUGCCAAGUAUAUUUACGGUGUUAAGGGCAUAAUAUCUGGAUGGAAAAAUGCUGUGUCAUCAGAGCUGUCAUCCAUCUUGAAGGAAGCAUCAAAAUUGGGACGCUUUGUUUUCCCUGACACUAGAUCUGAUUCUUUUGUCCCUGCUCCGGACUUUAAAUUGGAUCACAACAUUGCAAAUCUACUAGAUUUUCAUGAAAAAAUCAUAAAAUCGUCAAAUGAGUUUAUGGACACCUUUAUUUCAAAUCACAAAUCAGCUAUGAGCCUAGUGGAAGACAGCUUGAAGGAAACGCAUGGCAAUAUUCUCAGCGCAAUUGAAAAAGCCACUCAAUCCUUGAUUGAACCUGAAACAGAGGAACUCCUGCGGAAUCGGAUCAGCGAUUUAGAAAAGGAGAAGAAAGAUCUGGAACAAGAAUUUGAGUUAGCUGUAUCACUUUUCAGAUCGAAUCUUGAUGCAGAAUCCCCAGAAAUACGAGCCAUGCUGUCAGCAUUCCGCUCUUCUAAUAAAGACGUUGUCAAGGCUCUUGGACAGCUACGCCAGGAGCUUGAGGCCAAACACCAAAAAGAAAUGGUUGGAUUAAGGACCUACUUUGAACGAAUCAUGGAAAAGCACAGCGACUCAAAGGCAGAAGAUGGAAAUCAGAGAUUUUCGGAUGAUGUAAUCAAACAGCAAAACUCUAAAAUUUGCAUCAGUGGGUCCGAUUCUGAAACCGAGCCAAGUGCAGGAGCAGGAGAAAUGCUGUUCAAAUACUCAAAAAUAGCCAACAAUUUCAGCCUUGGACUGGAAACUAAAAUGAGCUUCAAAGAAAAGGUCUCCGAUUCAGAAGAGCAAUUGGAGAAAAUAAAAGCUGAACUUGAAGAGAAAUACUGUGCUGAGCUGAACCUUUUAAAGUCAGAGCAUACUAAAACAGUAAAUGAAAUGACUGCACAGAUGAAUUUGAUAAAACAAUGGCACAAAGAUGAGCUACAGUCCAUGGAAUGGAUGAUGACCAAAGAGAAAGAUAAACUUGAUAGACUCAAGGAAGAACACUCCAAAAAGUUGCUGGAACUUAAUCAUACCCAUGAGAAACAAAUGGCAAUCGAGAUUGAAAAAACAGUUCAAAAAAUGAAGAGAGAAGAAAGCGAACUUAUCAAAGCUUUAAAAGAGGAAUGGGAAAAGAGCGUCAAGCCAGAACUGAACGAUGAGCACAGGGAGCAGGUUGUUCAGCAUCUCAGUCAAGCAGCUAUCAACAAAGCUUUGAACUCUGUGGCUCUUGAAAGUAAAGUUAAAGAACUAGAGGAAAACCUUGCCUCUGAACAAGAAAAGUUAAUGGAAUUCAACAAAAGUAUGGAAGAUGAUCUGAAAAAAUUCAAGGAGAGUCAAGACCGGAUGAUCGAAAAUGUCACUGCUCAAAGUGAAGUCAAACUGCAGGCUUUAAAAACCGAGAAAGAGACAGAGAUCCAAGAAUUGACCAAGAAAUAUCGUGAAUUGACCGAUAAAUUGAAGAGAGAAUUCAAUCAGAAGCUGAAGAAUCAAGAGGUUUUAUUCAAAGCCAAAGAACUAGAGUUUGAAAACCAGUUAAAAGCGCAAGGCGAGAAGCUUGAAUCUGAACACAAGCAUUUGAUGGCCAAACUUUUUGAAAGGCAAGCCAUUGAGUUUGCUGAGCAGGAAGAAAAAUUUAGGUUUGAGGGUGGCUCAGGCAUGAAGAAAGAUCUUAACGAUGAGAUUGACAGCAUAAAAAAAGAAAGAGACUUUUUGAAGCAGAUUUCAAGCACUCUCAGAUGUGUUGUUAACGAAUUGGGCAAGUAUUUGAUAACAUGCGAAGACGAACUGAACAAGACUCUGGUCGAAGAGAUCCUUCGACUGAGCGAAACCUCGGACGAAGAUUCGGACAACUCACUGUAUUCAAACUCAUACUCGAGAAUGCAACAAUCACAACCAAAGAAGGUCAAGCGGGUCCACUUCGCACCGGAAAUGUCCAGUAUUAUGAAUCAGCUGAACGAUAGUUCCUUCCAUGACUUUAUUGAAAACAGGUGUGAUUUUUCAGAAGACAUUCGUAAUGAGCUUGAUUCAUGCCUUGAACGGCUAAAAGUUGAAGCUGCAACAUUAUUGGGUUUAACCUCUAAAAAUUCAAGCCGCCUCAAUAUUUCCGACAUACUUAAUGAAAGUUUAGUGAGGGUCAAGAAAGUUGAAUUGAUUGAAAAACUGCGCAGUGCCAACCGAAUAAUUGAUGACUAUAAAAACAAUACCAAAGAACUUGAAAAUGAGUUGGAGCAACUGAAAGACCGAGAAAAAAUUUGGACACAAGAAAUCGAAAGACUGAAAAAUGCGCUUGUAUGCGUGGAGAACGUGACAGAAGGUUAUGGAGAAAAUUGUGGAUCCUUGACUGGAACUGAGAAAUGUAGACAUGUGCUCAUGCUCCUCCAAGAUAAAGCCCGUGGAAUGAUCAGCACUCCUCAACAAACAGACGAACUUCAUCACAUCCUUGAUGAGCUGUGCAUUGCCAGCGAGAAGCUGAGUGAGGAGUCAAAACGAGACAUUGAAGACCUCCAACAGCAGUUGAUGGUUGCUCAUGAAAGAAUAAGAAGCACCAAUCUCUUUUUGGAAGAACAAGCUGCUGAACGGGAACUGGAAAGAGACGAGUACGUGAAAACAUGCGAGAACUUCCGUAAACAGCUCCAGUCAGCAGAGCAAGAGCGAUCUCUCCACACAAGCAUCGCAACAGAUAGGGUUCUCACUUUUAAUAUCGGCAAUGCGGGUAAAAAUAUGAUGGAGGCCCUGCAGCAACAGCUUAGAGAUUCUAAUCAUGAACUUUCAGAAGUGCGGGCACAGCAAAGGAGGUGUGAAGAGGAGCUCAAAGCAGCACUAGAAAAAGUUUGGACGCUCCGCGAUGUUGUAAGUGAUCUGGAGAAGCAGCUAGCCAUUAAAAGCGAACAUGAGGUAGAAUUGGAGAAACAACUAAAUGAGCUGCUCCUCUCAAACCGUUUGCAGACAGAGGAUAGAGCUUGCCUAUUGCAGAAGAUAAAAACGUUGCAAGAUGGCAUCGAAGAAAGUGUGCUUGUUGAUAAAAUCAAAAGCUUACAAGAUCAGCUACAUAAGCAUGGAAGUUCGGACAUUAUUCGACAUAUAAGAGCACAAAUCAUUGAUGUUGAACGUCUAAUGGUUAAACAGACAAAAGAACUAGAAAACAUUCAUGAAACCACUAACAGUUGCCUCAGCUCACCGUCAGAAGAAGUCUCCAUCAGAGAGCAGUUGGAGAGAAUGAAUUGCGUUUCUCCAAACAGAAAUGACGCCUUACAUCCACAAUGUCUAUCCCCUGUCAGUCUGCCGGUGGACGAGACAACGCGUCUCUUAUCUGUGGUUCAUCGUCACUGUCGCGCUGAAGAAGUCGCCAUUAAAAGGUGGAGAGACACCGAGAUGUUCCUCAAAACACAAAUAGAGGAGUUAAGGUUGGAAAGAGAUGUACUCCAACAGAAACUAGACAAGCAAAAUGAACAGAUCGCAUCAGCACAGCAUAAAUUGGAACAGUAUCGAUUGAAAUUAGCAGAGAAGAAAUCAGCAGAGGACGCAGAAAUGUUAGAGAAGAUAGCAGAAUUUGAAAGUGAGACAAACAGAACCAUCCAGAAAUUGAACGACAAAGACAAACAGCUAGCCGAAAUGUCAGAGACUUUAAAGAAAACGUCGCAAAUGAUGGAGAGGUACAAGGGCGAAUUGCAGCUGCGAUCGCAAAAUCAGUGGGGUGCAGAAGAAAAGCGCAAUGCUGAAAUUGAAAUGCUGACCAAUGAAGUGGCUCGACUAACGGCUAUUAUCAAACAAAACGAUGAAAAUAGUCACUUGAUGGAUAUGAUGGUGGAAGAUAAAAAUGCUGAUAUUGACAGUCUGCAAAAAGAGAUUGCGAACCUGAAACAGCAAAUUGGGACAAACGAGCAAACCAACGUAACGCAGCAAACAAGUCAUCGCAUACCACAUAGUUUCACGUUCACUGUUUCUCAAUCCACUCCUAAUCAAGAAAAACUCCGUGACGCUCUCCAAGAGUUGGAAAAGUCUAACAUCUGUCCAGAAAUUAACUUAGAAGAGGGAACGAAAGGUCAAGACACCAAUCCACCAGUCGACCCUUCAAUAACGCAGCCCUCUUUGUUGUCACCAGAGCUUGCACCUUUAAAACAGCCAUGGGCCUCGGAUGUUGAAAAAGAGAGGAGAAUCACUCACUUAAACAGCUCCUUAAUGGAAAUGAAAUCGAAACUUGAUGAGAAAAAUACAAAGAUUCAAAACCUUGAGUCUCAGUUGUCGCACAUCUUGAGCUUGCAGAGUGAUCUACAUGUAAUAAAAAAUGAAAACAAACUACUGUUUGAAGAGAAAGAGCAAACGGAGCGGGACCUUACCGUCCUUCUAGACUCGGAAUCUCGUCUCAAAGCGGAGCUCAGCCAAAAAAUGGAAGAAAUUCUCAGCUUGAAAGAUUUGAUCUCUGACAAAGAGGAAGCCUCCAUCAAGCUCUCAAGUGAUGUUCAAGGUUUGAAGCUAGUCGUGGAGAAACUGAAGAAGUCCAACGAUGACGCCAAACUACUUUGCAAGGAAUUGGAGGAUGAGAAAAAUGCUGUUUGCACGCAGUUGAGUCAACUUCAAGAUGAAAACAGGAACUUAAAGUGCGAGGUUUCGCAAAUUGGAGCUGCAGCACAAAGAGUCCAGGAACUAGAGAAAGAGAUUUCCAGUUUCAUCGAAAUGAAAGAAACGUGCGAAAGUUUGCAGCGUGAAAAUGAGAACCUCAUAAAGAGUAUGAGUGAAAUAGUGCAGGAUAAUAAGGUUCUCAAAGAUGACCUCAGUUCGGUGAAAAAAGCACUGGAAGAUAGUGAAAUAGUAGCCCAGUCACUACGGAAGCAACUGGGCGUUACCGCAGCAGAAAAUAAGGAGCUGAAGCAAUAUAACGUUAGAUCGCAAAACGAACUGGAGUCAAUCAAGCAACUGAAUGGCAAUUUAGAGUCACUAGUGCAGUCCACCAAGGCUGAGUGUGAAAAUCUUCGCAGUCAAGUAGAUGCAUUAGAGAGGACUAACGAGGAGCUGAAGGCGCAGUUUGAACAUGCACAAAGUAGGCUCAGAGCGGGAAGUUGUGAAUGGAAUAACCCUAUCAAGAGCCUGUAUGUACCAUUUGAUGAAACGGGCAAAGGAGUGUUUGAAUCCCUGCAGUUGGUGCAAGCUGAGUUAGCAGAGGAAAGGAAUCGGUUGGCAUCUGUGAAAGAGAAGUAUGACUCGCUGAAAGUUAGCUAUCAGAAAGCGCUGGAAAGCAAGAAGAUGUGUGAGAAAAAACUGCAAGACUUGAAAGGAAGUCUGAAUUUGGCCAGAGAAAAGGAAAAUGAUAUCAAUCAUUCAAAUUUGGCAUUGGACUUAAACGGCUAUCAACCACGCUCGCUCAUGGAGAUGGAGGGAUUGACUUCUCACAGAGGCACGGGCUCAGUAGAAGAUCUGACACGCUGCGUUCAAGAAGAGUUGAAUAGGUCGAAGCAGUUGGAUGAUACAUUGAUCACUAGCCUUACGCCAACCAAACACUGCGCACCACAAGCAUCAUCAGAAUCCCAUGCUAUGCUGAUGGAGUCGGUACUGAAUUAUCAGGUCCAGAUUCAAAAUCUGGAAACGCUCCUGAAUGAGGAACGGAAGAAGGUUAAAGAUCUGCAACUUAAGCUGGAUAUUGUGGAACAGGUAUCGACGAAUAUAACAACGUAUCAGGAUGAUCGAUUAGUCAAUAUGACCGUUGAAUUGUCUACAUUUAAAGAAAAAGUUCCGUUCUUAGAACUAGAGUUGCUUGAGAGUCAAACGCAAGUCAAGCAGUUGCAAACCGAUUUGUUGGCAAGGAAGAGGAUAUGUUUUCAACUACAGCAAGAGACAGCGCUUUUGGUAGAGAGUCAUCAGAAGGAGCUGAAUAAAAUUCUAGAUGCCAAAGUUCAUUUUGAGCUUUUAUAUCAGAAAGAGAAAGCAAAGUGCGAGGAGCUACAAGCUCAAAUCAAGUCUUCAAAACCAGUACAACAAGACUCGAUGAAUGAACAACAUCUCAAGGAAAAACUGAACGAAGAACAAGAGAGAUGUAUCAAGCUGGAAGUGGAGCUGGACCAGCAUAAACGUUACCUAACAGUUCUGAAAAGCAUCAAAGAUAAGGAGGCAUCGAAAUCAAAUACAUUGGAAAAAGAUUUGGAUACUCUAAACAGCGUGAAACAAGCCUUGGAGCGGCAGGUUGUGGAGCUUGACUGCCUGAACAGAACUGAAAGGGAAAAGAAUCGAAGUCUAGAAGCUAAAAUCAAAGCUGUCGAAGAUGCAGAUAUCAGGCGACAAAAGCGAAGACUUCAAGUCGAACAAACUCAUAAAUUAGCUCUCCAGCGAGCAUCAAAUGUUCAGAAAGAAUUGGUGGAGGAAUGUGACCGACUAAGAAAGGAGUUAAUUUUGUCCAAUGAACUGAACCAAACUGCUCUGAGCCGAAAGUUGCAUCUCUCGUCAGGUGGAGCAAAAGGAGACAAGAACUCCACGGAGCCAGUGCUCAAUGUUGUGUCUUUCGAGCAUGCUAGACAACUCAUCGAGAAGCUCAGCGAAGAGCAAGCUGAUUUCAAACUUUCAAUUGGAAGGCUUCAGGACUCAGUGACGCGGGCCCUCGAGGAGCCGCAGUCGGCCUCCAAACUCAUCCUCGACGCAUCAUCCUUAAAGUUACUGAUCAGCCGGUUGGACCGUGCCGAGCGCUACCGCCGCGCCCUGAUCUGGCAGAAGCGCUUCUUGCAGAUAGCCUACAGCACCCAUCUGGAGAAUCAAGCGGAACAACUAGACUUGGUCCAGAGCUGCAGCUACUACGAAACGUACAAAAAAGGGAAGCCGAAGAGGCGCAACCGAUUCAAGGCAGUUGCAAUCAUGUGCGUGUUCAUCCGGAGGAUCAGGAACAUGCAUGCGCGCCACUCGAGCCCGUUUAGACUUUCGUCAUUGUACAGCGUCCCUGCGCCAUUGUAGUUCUUACGUUGUGUUUUUUGAAACCGUGCCAUGAAAUUUCGACUUAUUCAAGUCUUACUUUGAAUUCUUUCCGAACUGGCUUCUAUUUUUAAGAUUUCUUUCGGUAAUUCGUCAGUAUUUUAAGCUUUCAACUUUCCCAAAUGUUCAAAGCCAAAAUAUCCAUCCACCCGUAGAUUUUUCUCACCCUACAAGAUCAGUUUUCGAACCAAAGAUUAGGAAAAUAACUGUUCUGAAUGUCACCGACUUAAGGAGUGGUAGGAAUGUAAAAUCUUAUGUUUGACUCAUUCUUAGCAGUCAGGGUGCUCUUGUGUCUAAAUCAAGAUAGUGGAAGAUAAGUGGCCAUGAGAAAUUGUAAUUGUCACGAUUUCUGGUAAGAAAUUAUUAUCUUAGAAUACUCUCCGUAGGUCAUAUUUUUAGUCUGGUCUAUAAGCCACAGUUCCUGUUGUAACCUAAUCAAAAUCGCAAGCAAAUUUACCCUCAUACUAGAUUUCUGCCUCAGUGAUUGUUACAUGACCUCAAAACGGUCAAUACCGUUUAAUCAGGUCGUGACCUUUUUGAGGUCAUAACCCAACUAAUUUCAACCCCUUCCCCUUUGUAACAAAUUAUUCAGCCUUGCCUGAGUUACGUUAUCUUUAGACAUCUUUCAGGAAUUUUUCAAUUGGGUAAUAAAGCUCAACUUCAGUAUUAAAGAAUGAUUGUUCCUUUUGUAGUGUUAAAAAUAUGUGUACAUUUGUAUGUAGUACUUAUUUUAAGUUUUGUCUAAUUUUGUACAGUUGUUUUCAUCACUAAAUCUGCUAGUUUUAUCAGGGUGUAUUUUUUUGGUUUAACCUUAAAAAAUUAUCCAUUAUCCACAGUACAAAUUGUUCAGUCUAUUAACAUAAAGUUUUAAGUAUAGUUCUGGGCACUGUCUCGUAUCAUUCAAGUGCUUACUUUAGAAUUUUUCGCACUUCAAAUCCGUAUGGCGUUAGUAAUAUUAGGUACAAUGCAUUAGUGCUUGUAUAUAGAUAGUACUUUUUGACGUGUUCUAUCCUUAUAAAACCUCCGAAUUAACUUUAAUGCACCUUAUCUAGUCGAAAACUCAGUUUCUUAUGUAUUUCUGAUUAAAUUUUGUGUUUGAGACUUUACCUCAUUUCGUGCUUUAAGUGUAGGAGUAUUCCAUCAUUUUGUAGUUAUGUGUUAUUCCACUUCAAAAUUCAUAACAAAUGGAAGAAAGUAAUUUAGAGAAUUUUUAUAGCGAAGUAAGCUUUCCAAACAUUUUUCAGAGCAUUUGAUUGUGUAAUGAAGAGCUGGAAUUUUUUCUAAAAGAAAUGCAAACUGCCCCCUCACUAGCAGCAAGUUACACGGUCAAUGAGCAUUCGAUAAAAAUGUAGAACAAAAACUACUCGCUAUCAAAAGAAUUAAUCUUUAAAUUUUCUCCCACCAUACAUCUAAUUCAAUCAAUCAAAUUUGUCAGUCAACUUAGUCAUUACAUAGGGUUUGUCACUGUAAAAUAAUUAUUUGCUUUUUACUUAGGAAGGAAGAAGAAUGGAAUGGCUCCUUUGACUCCUUCGUCCCAAAUUCUGUUGUUUGUGAGAUUUCAGUUGCGAACAACUUUAAUUAUUUUUACCCAUGUUAAUUGAGUGCUGGUUUUCAAUUUGGCAGCCUUGAGAAGUGAAAAGCAGAUUUAACAUUAAAUAAAAAUAACUUGCAGAUUGCUCAAACUAUGUAAGCAAUUCUCAUUUAAAUUUGAAUUUAUUUUGCUCUAACUCGCAGUUGCGAUUGGUAAAUUUUGAGCUUCAGAAUCAUACCAUAUCGUUAUUAUUUUGUGCCUUAGUACUUAAAAUUUUGAAUUUUAUCCUAAAUAUUUACAACGUUGCUCAACAAGCUUGCGUGCUUCACAAGUGGUGUGCCAUGAUUAUAACCAUUUUUCAUUAUGUGAUAAUUUUGUUUCGUAUUUUGUUAAAAGCGGCUGCCAAAUGCAGCAAUUAUGCCUGACUGAUGUUGCAGUCUAAUUAACAAAGAUCCUUGAUCUUAAAUUUAUUGAAAUUACGUUUGAGUGUUUAAUGCGUCCUCAAUUCUCAAUUCCUUUUUUACGUACUUACUCGUUUAUGUCUCUGUUCAUUAAAAUGUAAACUGUUCUUUUGAUUGAUGUAAUAAAUUUAAACUUUUACGGUAUUU